AUGGCGUCCGUUGCGUGGAUGGAGCAGAGUUGUUGCCAGGUGUUUGCUUCCAAUUCAUUCCAAUUGGCGAUGUUGUCUCUUGUGUCCAAAGCCUCGUGGUGCGCCCACAGCAGAUUUGCCCGGAAGCUCCUCAGUGAUCUGUUUGACAACUACGCGAGCGCGCUGAGGCCGGUGGAGGACACCGAUGCCAUACUGAACGUCACCCUGCAGGUCACGCUCUCGCAAAUCAUCGACAUGGAUGAGCGAAACCAAAUACUGACGGCCUAUUUGUGGAUCAGACAAGUGUGGCUCGACGCACAUCUCAAAUGGAGUAAGGAUGACUACGAUGGCCUCGAUACCAUCCGUAUACCUAGCAGUUAUGUAUGGAGACCCGAUAUAGUCCUAUAUAACAAUGCCGAUGACCACUUUACUGGCCCCAUGGACACCAACGUGGUCAUCCGCCACGACGGCCAAAUCAUGUGGGACUCGCCGGCGAUCACCAAGAGCUCCUGCAAGGUGGACGUGUCCUUCUUCCCCUUUGAUGCGCAGCAGUGCAGGUUUACCUACGGCUCGUGGACCUACAACGGCAACCAGCUGGACAUCCUUAAUGCCAUGGAGAGCGCUGACCUGGCUGACCUGGUGGACAACGUGGAGUGGGAAGUCCUUGGCAUGCCAGCCAAAAGAAAUGUCAUUUUGUACGGUUGCUGCGCCGACCCUUACCCCGACGUCACCUACACCCUGAAACUCAAGAGGAGGGCGUCCUUCUAUGUCUUCAACCUGCUGAUACCGUGCGUGAUGAUCUCGUUCCUGGCUCCGCUGGGCUUCUAUCUGCCUGCCGACUCUGGAGAAAAAGUGUCCUUGGGCGUCACCGUGAUGCUGGCGCUGACUGUCUUUCAGCUGGUAGUUGCAGAGAUCAUGCCGCCAUCGGAGAAUGUACCGCAUAUCGGAAAGUACUACAUCGCCACCAUGACCAUGAUCACCGCCUCCACUGCAUUAACCAUUUUCAUCAUGAACAUCCACCACUGCGGCCCGGACGCCAAACCUGUGCCCAAGUGGGCCAAGAAGGUCAUCCUGCAGUACAUGGCCAGAAUGUGCUUCGUUUACGAGGUCGGGGAAAACUGCAUGUCUCCCCAGUCCGAGAAGCGGGAACCUCCACUGGUGAAGAGCCGCGACAUGAAUGGCCUGCCAGGGACCCGCGGGGAGGAUCGGACCUUCGGGAUGGAAGCGGUUCGCCCCUGUGACCACAGAGGGAAGUGAAGACUUGGAGGAGUCGAUGGAGAUGAAUCCCACCAAUCGCUACACCUCCUGGAAGAACUGUUCUCGAGCGUUUACAUUGAAGUCUCGCGGUCUCCGCUGGGGCCAAAGGACGUGUAGCCUAGUGUCAAU